UGUAAGUUCAGCCACGAUUUAUCAAUGGAGAGGAAAUGUGAGAAGAGAGGCGUCUACGUGGACGAAAGAGACGAAGAGCUGGAGAAAGACACCAUGGAGAACUGGGACGAGAAGAAGCUGGAAGAGGCGGUCAACAAGAAGCACGGAGAGGCUGAGAAGAAGAAAGCCAAAACACAAACUGUGUGCAAGUACUUCCUGGAGGCCAUAGAAAACACCAAGUUCAGCGUCAAGACCCAAGAAAGCAAAUAUAGCGAGACGAGGUUCCAGUUUAUUGCGAUUUUGCCAAAAUGUUGACGUGGAAUCUUUCGCAGAACCACAAAAACUGGAGUUCAUAGGGGGCUAGAUGUGCAAAGUCAAAAGCUGCUUCCAUGUUUGUUUCACUUGAAAUUCCACAACAUAUUUAGCAACAUACCUCGUCUUACCAAACAUGAAAUUCUACUGAUGUUGGAGCCUCAACAGUUGGUGAAAUGUUCGUAGGAAAUAUUCAUAUACCAACAGGAAACUUUGUGGGGCCACGACACCACUCAUGUUUGAAGAUUUUGUACUUUUCCUCCCCAUUCUUAAGGACCAAUAAAUAAAAACUGUCCUCUUCUGGAGCCAGUCAGUCAUUCGGAGCUACUGGAAACUAUUUUGUCUGUGCUCUCACCAAAACACUGCUGUGGAAGUUUUAUUUCUGGAGAUCUUUUACCUCUAAAAUGGCUCCAAGCUCAGAUGUUCCUUAGAAACUGCUUAGGUCUGAAAACAAGUUAAAUUCUCAAAAUUCAGUCCAAUAUUUCAUACAACAGUCAGUUCUGGGUCAUUAAAUGCGUUAAACUUACAUGACAUGAAGGAA